UCUUCUCAUCUCCACUUCACUGUUUCUCAUCAAACAAGAUUAAUCCAAUAGUUAUGGAUCCGUGCCCGUUUGUGCGGAUUCUUGUAGGCAACUUAGCUUUGAAAUUUCUUGUUUCAUCUAAGUCCUCCUCAUCGUCGGAUUGUUAUUGUAGGAUCAAGUUGAAGAACUUCCCCGAUCAGGAUGCUCAAAUCCCUUUGAUCCAACAGCAAAACUCAACACAAGAACCCAACGUUUCUUCUCUGUCAAACUCUCUCGCCGCUUGUUUUAGUUUUAACAAGUCUCAGAUUGAAAAGCUUCUUCAGAAGAAUAAAGGGUCGUCGAAAAGCUCUACUUUGAUGAUUGAUGUGUAUUCCGGCGGUUCCAGUGCGUCGUGUGUGACUGGGCACAAACUGUUGGGGCGGGUUUCGGUGCCUCUGGAUCUACGUGGAGCUGACGCUAAGGUUUCCACCCUCCACAACCGGUGGAUGGCUAUCGGAGGGAACAAGAAAUCAUCGUCCCCGGAAUUGUAUUUGACUGUUAAAGCUGAACCUGAUCCGAGAUUUGUUUUUCAGUUCGGCGGUGAGCCGGAGUGCAGUCCACAAGUUUUCCAGGUUCAAGGAAGUGUAAAACAGGCCGUCUUCACUUGCAAGUUCGGGUUCAGAAUCUCCGGUGGCGACAGAAACUUGGUUUCUAGAUCAUCAAUGAACGAACCGAGCUCUCCAAGGAACUGGCUGCCGACAUUCGGAGGCGAAAAGGAUCAAUCUUCAAAAGAGAGAAAAGGAUGGUCGAUCACAGUCCACGACCUUUCAGGUUCACCUGUUGCAAUGGCGUCAAUGGUGACACCGUUCGUUCCGUCCCCCGGGUCGGACCGGGUUAGCCGAUCCAACCCCGGUGCCUGGCUUAUUCUUCGCCCCGGUAACUGCACCUGGAAACCCUGGGGCCGUCUGGAGGCCUGGCGGGAACCCGGAUGCUCCGACGCCCUCGGAUACAAAUUUGAUAUCUUCCAAGACGCCGCCACCACGACCUCCGCCUCCACAACCGUCGCCAACUCAACUCUCAGUUGUACAAAAGGCGGUAAAUUCAUAAUCGACAGGACUACAAGUCUCUGUGCAACCCCAGUGACAAGCCCACAUAGUAGUAUCGACUUCGGGUCCGGGUCAUGGUCAGGAUCCGGUUCAGGAUCCGAUUUCUCGUUCUGUUUCUUGCCGCCUCAGUCGAUAUACAAGGGUUUCGUGAUGUCAUCGACGGUGGGGAAGAGUAGUAAACCGGAGGUGGAGGUAGGGGUGCAGCACGUGACAUGCACGGAGGAUGCUGCUGCAUUCGUGGCACUGGCGGCGGCGAUGGAUCUGAGCAUGGAUGCAUGCAGGCUGUUUUCUCAGAAACUAAGGAAGGAGUUGAGACAGCAGAGUCAGCAGUGUGUAGUUUAAUGUGGGAUUGGGAUGUCGUUUUGCGUAGGGAAGUUAGUGCCUAGUUAGGUGUUGGAUUCUUUUGGUAGAUAAAUUAUUAACUAACAAGGGUAACAGCAGUUUUUGAGCUGGAUUGUUUUUGAGAUCUGAUUAUUUUGUAAAGUGAGAAAUGAUAAAACAGGCAGGCCUUUUUUUGGAAGAAAUUUGUUUAUAUUAUUAAUUGGAGUUUGUGUUGUUAGGUUGUGAUAUGAGAAUCCUAUGUUGAAGUGGGGAUUCAUUUUUAUGGAUUCGACUCAAGUAUUAGUAAAUUCCUGUCAGAUUAACUGUCAAAAGAAUUAUGCAGUGAAACUAUAACUGUAAUUCUCCUACCAGAAAUGGAAAUUUGGGAACAGCUAAUUCAAU